CGCAGUCCGAGUGCGGCGAAAAAAGUCAGAAUAACCAGACUGUCCUUGCGCCGGCAUGUCACACACGCGGCGAAGCGACAUUAUAUUAUAUGUUUAUGGAUGACGUGGUGAACGGCUUUACCUGCCGAUACGCACGCUGACUAAUGGAAAGGUGGCGUGUGAUUGUGAUAAGAGAACCGUGUGAACUCAAGCACAAAGAGGAAAGUGACUUCUGCUCAAUACAAGUAGGAUAUUAUCUUCGUUCGUUGCAUUCGUUGGUCGCAAGAAUAGCUGGAUAUCUAAUUAGAAAAAGUUUGAACAACAGUACUGUUAUCGUAAUUAUUGACGGUAUCUUUGACCGUAUGAUGAUUAUUACGACGCUCUCCAGCAGUCGUAAGCAGGAAGAAAUACCAACGAUGACAUUGAUUAACAGUAAAAGGAGAUCUGUUAGAUGUGUAGACAUUUACACGUGUAGAUGUAAACCGAAGAGUAGCAUGGAGAGAAAAUUUACAUCGAUAGUCGAUUAAUUUCUGGAAAUUGACAAUUUUUGUGGAGAAAAUAUUACAUAAAUAGACUCGAGUAAUAGAGACACGUACAGUAUUAGAAAUCCAUAAAAAGUAACAGUUGAUCGCAACGAUCCGUGAAAAUCAAGGCUAAGCGUGACGUCCCUCAUCGGGAGAAUAAUAAUUCACGAUAACGACACAUUAGAAAUCUUCCCAAUCACAAUUAAUUUUGAUGAGGACUUUGGAGAAUCUGCUAUUAUAAUCCUAUUUAGGAAGGACGAAUGUUUUGUCCAGACGAUUUUAUAUAUUGUCGGAAAUAAAAUAUCAAAAAGGACAAAUGUGUUAAUUUGAUCUGCGUCCUGCCUUGAUGAAUUAAGUGCGAUCGCAGCAAAUAAAUGCCCUCAGGAAUGUUUCGCGAAAUCAAGUUCA